AUGCCACACUCGACCUCGCACAUGCGGGCACCGUCGCAGAACCGACUGUCCAACGCAAACGGUAGCCCGGCGCACAACGGUACAGAAAAGUUCCCCGACUUUGAUGCCGCCCACGUUUUCGAUUCGAGCGCGCCGAAUGGAGGAGGAAGGCAGCAGCAACAGAAUGGAUACGGAUACAGCAGGGAAAGUGCUACGCAACAACAACCAGAGCAACGUUGGCACACCCACGCUCACGCCCGCCGCGACAGCAGAGUAAAAUGGGCUCCCGGCGCCGCCUCCUCUCACGCAUACGGCCAUGCCAGGAAAAGGAGUAGCAUCAGCACUGCCAUCCACCGCAUGCGCUCCGGGAGUAUGAGCCAAAACGCCCACGAGAUAGCCGACGCCCUCCGCGCUCCAGUAUCAUGGAAGCUCAUUUCACUAUGCAUAAUGUGGUACUGGUCCUCCGCCCUGACCAACACCUCCUCCAAGUCCAUCCUCACGGCCUUUGACAAGCCCGCGACCCUUACCAUCGUCCAAUUCGGCUUUGUAUCUUCCUACUGCCUCAUCCUGUCAGGGCUCGCCUCCAAGUUCCCCAGAUUACGAACCCUCAUCCCAGCUCUCAAACAUCCCAUCCGAUACCCAUCCCGGGAUGUAAUCCGAACCACCCUCCCCCUGGCUGUCUUCCAAAUCGGCGGCCAUCUCCUCUCCUCCACCGCGACAUCCAAGAUUCCCGUCUCGCUAGUCCACACAAUCAAGGGCCUCUCCCCGUUAUUCACCGUCCUAGCCUACCGCUUCAUCUUCGACAUCCGCUACCCCCGCGCGACAUACAUCUCGCUCAUCCCUCUCACCAUUGGAGUCAUGCUCGCCUGCUCCAGCAACAAGAGCCAAUUCGGCGGCCAAUUCCUCGGCAUCCUCUACGCCCUCCUCGCAACCAUCAUAUUCGUCACACAAAACAUCUUUUCCAAGCGCUUGUUCAACGAAGCCGCCCGAGCGGAAGCAGAAGGGUUAGGAGUCCAGUCCAAGAAACUGGACAAGCUCAAUCUCCUCUGCUACUCCUCAGGCAUGGCCUUCAUCUGCACCCUCCCCAUCUGGUUCUGGUCGGAAGGGUUCCACAUCCUCACUGAUUUUUUGUAUGAUGGUUCAGUCGACUUGACGGUCUCACCAAACAGCUUUGAUCACGGACGGUUGACGGUCGAGUACAUUUUCAACGGAACUUUUCACUUUGGACAGAAUAUCCUCGCGUUUGUGUUGUUGUCUACUGUGUCCCCGGUUACGUACUCGGUGGCUAGCUUGUUGAAGAGGGUGUUUGUCAUUUUCAUCACGCUGAUUUGGUUCAGGAACCCGACGACGAGGGUGCAGGCUGUGGGGAUUGGGCUGACGUUUUUGGGGUUGUGGAUGUACGACCGGAGCAGUGAGAGGAAUAAGGCGGAUGCGAAGGCGAGGAGGUUGACGGGGGAUAAUUUGAAGGGGGUGGAGGGGGGGAUUUUGCCUUUGAGUGUGAAGCAUAAUGGUGGCAUCACGGCGUCGCCGCAAGAGAUGAAUGGGGUUUUUGGGAGGGGUGGGUAUGGGUAUACGAAUGGGAGGGUGUCGUCUCCUAACCUCGUGCCGCCGGCUUCGAACAGCGGGGUGGGGGUUGUUGUCAAUGGCGACAGUAAGAAGUCGGAUGAUUAUGUUGCUGGGGGGAAUGGGGGGAAGGGGAGGAACAGGGGGGCGAGUAAUGCGGCCGCUGCCUGGCUGGCUCCUGGGACUAGGGCGGAGGAGACAUGGCGGGCGGGGGAUGGGGGGACGAAUGGUGGUGGUGUUGAGGGGAGUUUGGUCGCUGCGAGGUAA